GGUGAAUCGCUUGGUUAUCGGCUAAAGGAAAAUAUAUAAACACGCUUAUCGAGAACGAGGCAAACGGUCCGUGAUACGGCCUCGCAAUCUCCGAGGGCGAAAAGCGAGGGACAGCAGCGACUUGUCGGCUCGUCACCGUAAGCUAAAAGAGCGGACGCGGAAGAUAAGCCGAACGCUCCUUCGGCGCCACGGAUCAAUUUUGCGCGCGGGAUCGGAAAAGUGGUGGUAGCAGAUUAUUUUGCUACUCGGGGGAGGGUAGUUUGCUGUUCGAUCGUUGGGAAAUCGACUGCGAUUAUCGGUGACGUUGAGCGUCGCAUGAAAGUCCGUAGGCUUCGAGGAGCUGUAAAGAAGCUCGGCACGCUCGGCACGCACCGUAAAUCCGUAAAUAAAUUGCCAAAGGUGGAACGGGGAAUUCUCGCAGAGGCCCGGCUCCGGGGCAAUAACUCAACAAUCCUUCUUUGGCCUCGAACGUGAGUCUCGCCCGGCGCGCUCUUCCAUUCUUUAUUUAUCGAAAAUUUUUUAAUAUGCCGUCACAAGGAAUUUUAAGCAUUAACGAAGUCAAUGCAUUGCCGGUUGAAAAUUUCGAGUGGUUAUUUGGAAACGUAAUAGAACAUUGUGUUGAAGCUGCAUCAAUCAUAGCCACUAAAAGACCAUUUUUCACUUCUAAAGAUCUUAAAAAAGCUUUUGAUGAUUAUCUAGAAAAAUUGAAUACUACUGAGAAAGAAUCAGUUUUGUCACGACAUCCGGACUUAGCAGGUAAAUUAGCAGAGGAAGGAAAACUCACUGCUGAAUCGUUGAAUGAACAAAAAUUAGCUGGUCUUGAUGCAAUGACUAAAGAUGAAAAACAGAUAUUAAGUAACAAUAAUUAUUUAUAUAGAGAAAAAUUUCGAUUUCCAUUUAUUAUUUGUGCAAGGGAAAAUAAGGUUAAAUCUAUACUUGUAGGAUUAGAAUCGCGAUUAAAGAAUAGUAAAGAAGUAGAAAUUAAGACUGCUAUCGAAGAAGUGAAAAAGAUAUGUCGAAUCAGGAUCAAUGAUUUAGUAUGGCCUGAUGUACAAUAGUAGAUAUAAGAUAAUUAUUUUGUUAUUAAAUUUGUGUAUUUAACAAUUACGAGAUUUAU